AUGCACCGCUCCAAUCUCUCCUCCGUCGUCCCACGGUCUCCUCUGGUUUCUACUUGCAAAGCUUCACUGAGGCUCUUCCUUGCUGCUACCUAUGGAGAUGGAGGCCAUCUCCUGCUCGGCGUGACGGCCACCCUCAGGCCCCUCAUGAAACCCACGAUCAUCAAAAAGAGGAUCAAGAAGUUCAUCCAGCUCCAGUCAGACCAAUAUGUCAAAAUUAAGUGUAGCUGGCAGAAACCCAGAGGCAUAGACAACAGGGUGUGUAGAAGAUUCGAGGGCCAGAUCUUGACGUCCAACACUGGUUAUGGGCACAACAAGAAAACAAAGCACAUGCUACCCAGUGGCUUUUGGCAGUUCCUGGUCCACAGCGUCAAUGACCUUCAAGUGCUGCCGAUGAGCAACAGAUCGUACUGUGCUGGGACUGCUCACAGCGUCUCCUCUCACAGCUGCAAAGCCACUGAGGAAAGAGCAGCCCAGCUGGCCUUCAGAGUCACCGAUCCCAACGCCGGGCUGCGCAGCGAAGAAAAUGAAGAGACAGCUUGUGUGCACAUUGUGUUUGUGUUAACAAAGCCAUACAAUUCUGUCCAAAAAAGCCCCCAGACUGUCACUGUAUCUGUCACCCUUCUUUCACACACUGUCCUAGGGCUGUAUGUCCUCCCACCUGAACUGCUUCAAUAA